AUGCUAGAUAGCCGUGUGCAGCAUCGCUACCUUUCGAAGGACAGAAGAAGAUCGGUCUACAGCCCGGUGGUGAAUCGGGCGCACCAUAACCUUGCGCAAAGAUAUUAUCGACUCGCCUCUGAGCAUUGCCAACUCGCGGAGUCAUACGAUACUCAGCAUGAAGGCCCAUCGCUGCUUGUAGCGAGAAUCCUCCUAGCAUACUAUCACCACGCGUCAACAAAUCACCUUGAAUUUCGGAAAGCGGUAUGGGAAACGGUUGGAUUUGUCUCGCAGAAUGCGACUAGAAUUCAGCAGUGGCAAGGAGGCCAGGAAGCAGUGCAACUGUGGCACCGCCUAUGCACCUCCCAUCGACCCGCAAAGCCACCCUCAAUGCCACUGGAAGGCGAAGGGCCGAGCAUAUUUGGACCCAAUUUAGACCUUCCAAAUAUCACCGGCGAUUUAUACCUGAGCUGCAGAAUAGGGAUCAGCACAGAUGAUCUCGUCUAUGACAUCUUGAUUCGAACAAUUGAGAUUCGCUCGCGGAUCGUGGUCUUUCGCUGCACCGCCGGUGUCUUCAAUAUCUCCGAGGGAUCAAGUGAGCUAGGCGGUCUCGCUCACGCUUUGCUGAAUAAACUGACCGGGAGAUCUGGCGAGCCGGGCGAGCAUGAUGAAUCCCAGGCGGGAUUCGUCAAGGGUUCUCAUCUGCAUGGGCUUUUGGAAACUCAGACCGAGAGGUUGAAAGUAUGGAAGUCGAGGAUAGCAUCGCUGCAUCUGCCGGCCAACUCGCUCUUCUUCAACGCCCCUGGUGAGGACACGCCACCGCAGGCCUUUGACUUUGAGAAUGCCAGGAACUUAAGCCAUCGAGAUGCUAUGAACGCUUUGUAUUACCUUCUCUGCGUAAUCAUGAUCCAAGAGAUCAAAGAGGCCCAGCAGCCACGUCAGCCACGUCAGCCACCGUCCGAUACCACUGCAAAUUUGGCGCACAACUUUUGUCAAAUCGUGGAAGGGAUAGAUCACACCAUCUCCAACACUUCCGACGUGUACACUCUCAGCGUUGUGGAAGUAUUGCUCCAGCUGGUCUACUCGUUUCAGUCCGAAUCUAUCUUCCACUAUGUCCUGGAUGUUAUCUGGCCUCGCAUAGAGGCCCGUGGCCGAGGCUACGAACACUCCCACUAUCCCACGCACCUGGCGAAACGAAUCAUUGCACAGCUGGCAGAUGAGUGGGCACGCGGUCGCACAGUCUCUUUCGCUCAGCCUGCCGUGGCCGAAGAUGUCUCGAAAUUGAAACUUCUGGACCUUGAUACUCCGGUGGGUUUGGUCGUCUAUGGGCACGAUUGGGAUCGUAAAUGCUUCGUUGAGAAGAUUCCGCUCCUGUGA